AUGGGUAAGGGACAACCUAGAGGUUUGAAUGCCGCCCGUAAGCUUCGCAUUGACCGUCGCGAGCAACGUUGGGCUGACAAGCAGUACAAGAAGCGUGCUCUCGGCACCGCUUUCCGUUCUUCGCCAUUUGCUGGUGCUUCGCACGCUAAGGGCAUUGUCCUUGAAAAGAUUGGUGUCGAAGCCAAGCAGCCUAACUCUGCCAUUCGUAAGUGUGUCCGUGUUCAGCUUAUCAAGAACGGCAAGAAGGUCACUGCUUUCGUUCCCAACGACGGUUGCUUGAACUACGUCGACGAAAACGAUGAAGUGCUUAUUGCCGGUUUCGGUCGUAAGGGUCGUGCCAUUGGUGAUAUUCCUGGUGUCCGUUUCAAGGUCGUCAAGGUCGCCGGUGUCUCGCUUCUUGCUUUGUACAAGGAGAAGAAGGAAAAGCCCAGAUCAUAA